AUGAUGACUCAGAACAAGGCACAAAGCAACCGGGAAUUGGGAGAAUCGCGUGAUAUCACUCCUCCACCGACACGUGAUAUCACCUCUCCGUCGACACGUGACAUGUCCCCUUCCAACCCCAACCAAACAGGCUCGGUUUCCGACUCGACUUGGAGACAGAAUCUCACCGUCUGGCUUGUGUUCAUGACCGGGUCGUAUUCGACGCGGCAACUGGUGGAUCGGAUGCACAAGAUGGACCGUUCCAAGAAGAUUGACGCCACGUGGUGGCUUCUGUUCUUUGCCACCAAUCUGUUUAUCACUUUUCCUGUCCUGUGUUUGGUCGGCGCUUUGGGGCGAUGGAAACGAGCGAGGUUGGUGGUCGAGGAGGGAGAAACGGACGAGUUGUUGGUUUAG